AUGGGCCUGGGCCAGCAUGAUCUCAGUGGUCUCAGUGGUCUCAGUGACCUACUGCCGCGGCCGGGGCCGAGGCGGCCGCCCACAUCUUUCUAUGUCGACUGUCGCCUCUACCGGCCCACCCAGGAGGAGGCCGAGUACGCGCGUCGAUCCUUAGCUGCGGACGAAAUGCUGGAAGUCCCGUCCGACCCACCGCCGACACCGAAGGCCAUACCUCCCAAACCGAAGGGCCUCCUUGGCAAGGGCCUUGCCAUGGCCAAAGACUUUGCCAUGCAGGCGGUUUCCGAGUACUUUGGAAGUGCUGGUGGCAAGGGGGAUCCGGAUGUUGAGAGGCAGUGUGCCGAACUCUACGGCCUCUUCCAGCGGAAGAAUCUCAUGGAAGCUCGCACCGACGCCAUGCUCAGAGUCAACAGAGGCAUGCCAAAGAGCCUUGCCAACCUCGAGGGUGACAAGGCUCCAGGCGGCCUGUUCAUCCAGCACACGGCUUCGCAUCAGUGGUAUCACUGCUUUAUCUUGGGCAAGAAGGAGGAUGCUCAGCUACAGUGCGUGGCGAUGGAGCCCGACAAGAAGUUCGCCAAAUACAAGGUCUGUGGUGCGCAAGCGUCACCGCCUUGGAGCUUCACAGGUGACUUCCGGCACAUCUUCACCAUCAUUCGUCCCUAG